UUUUAACACAAAACAAUAAAAUUCCUUUUUUAUUUAUCAGAUUCCUUGAAGCUGAUGCUUUUUCAACAUCCCAUAGAACAUUUAAACGGAUAUAUGAAUUGUGAACUUGAAAAUAAUCCUGUUUUGAUGAGAGUAAAAGUUACUAACACGACUCGAGCCAAUAAAACGAGUUUAAUUGACAAUCGCGUUCUCUAGACUUGUUUUGUAUCUAUGCUAUUUCCGUUUGUCAAUACGUUGUAUGUGAACCACAACGCAUAUCAGUCGUAAUGACAACACGAACCAGUCGUGACAGCUUCACAAACUUGUCCUGCGGUCCGUGAAAAUCUCAACAUAAUAUAUCACGUAUAUCAAUAAAGCUAAACAUCAGAUCAAAGCUCAGUGUUGUACGCUAGCUUUAUAAAUUCAAUGUAGAAUAGAGACGUUUAUGAACGAUCAAAUAUGCAUUUCUACGUCUCAUCAUUUCCGUCUGUGGCUUGUAUAAUAGUUUUGGUUUUACAUCUGUCAUGUUUUACGAAAAAUAUUUCGGCAACGGAGUUAAUAUUUUCUACAAAGUUUAACAGAAAUACCGAUUUAUCUGCAACAAUUAUACCAGGUGGUAUAACACUCCCCGAGCUGCCAUUCGGACAUGACCAAACCAAAGGGAACAAAACCGAAUUACAAUCAAAAGUUCCAUUCAAUCUGGAAGUAGAGCCGAUAAUUGAAAAAUUACCUACAACAGAAGUCUUAGCGAAAGUGGAUGGUGAACUGGCUAUCGGAAAAUUUCCGACCGCAGAAGUUUCAAUAAAUGUAGAUGGUGAACCAGCUAUUGAAAAAUUGCCUAAAGUAGAAGUUUCAGUAAAGGCGGAUGGUGAAUUGGCUAUCGGAAAAUUACCUACCGAGUCAAACAACCCAACGGAAUCCGAUGAACAACCACAAACAGAAGUUUCGUAUGAUGUAAAUGAUCUGACGAACACUGAAAGACCAGAUUCAAAUGUUUCAUACAAUGUGAAAAGUGAAUCAACUACAAUAACUACGCAGUCAACCGAAUCUUCAACCAAAGCUGUUACAGACAACCCGUGGAUACAGAGAAUACAAACUGCCAAAUCUAGGAGCCUGGCACUUCCUCAACCAAAUGCUAUCAAAAUAUCUACCGAAAAACCAAUUUUGUUGGGUCAGAUUAUCUCAAACGUCCUAUAUGGUGCACCUUGGUUAGCUCCCCAAACAAACUCAAAAUGUGCACAGGACAUGAUGCUAUACAAUAAACACUUGCAAAACUUGACAUUGUGGGCAUAUAAAAUGUUAGACGCCACAUCAAAAGGUCCCGAAGGACUUGUAGAUGCAAACACAUUCAGUUUCGGUAAUUUCGACCAAUGUAUUGAAUCACGAUCUAAAAAUCUCGGUAUAUCCGGAGGAUACACAUUGGUAGACAUUGAUUUUCGACCAAGUUAUCAAUUGUAUCCAGAGUUUUAUAACAACGAUCACUCAAAAGAUUAUGAACCGUUUGACCAAGAUAAGACGACAUGGGAAAUACUGAAGCACAACGUACAAGAGGCUUAUGUACAAAGACACAAAUUUCAAUGGGGCGUGUGUUUACCAGAUACUUGUCAAUCGAAAGACGUUCAAAAGAUCGUGAGCAACGUAUUAAUACCAGAGCUAAACCGUCAUGGAUUGGAAGGUAAUGUAACCAUCGACCCAUUGUUACACACUUCCAAAGAAAAUAUAUAUAAAUUCACUGCGGGCUUUUUUUUUGUCUGCGCAAUGUACGUGGUGAUUGGAAUGCUUGUCAUCGUAGGCACCUUGUACGAUUUUAUUUAUUUGCAAUACCGACCAAAAUCUGAACACGGACCAAUGAAAAAACUCAUGAAACCGUUUUCACUUAUCUCAAACUUGGAAAGACUUAUGAAACCGUCGGAGACCGAAGAGUUUUCAAUUAUAAAUGGAUUUAAAGUAUGCGCGAUUCUACAGGUCAUUAUUGGCCACAGAUGGUUUAUUGAGCUCGGAAAUCCACAGUCAAAUCCUAAUUUCACUCAUUGGAUGAUUCACAAUUUUUGGUUGGGCUACUUUAAAUGUACCAUAUUUUUGGAAACGUUCUUUGUAAUUAGUGGAUUCCUCACUUUCCGUAUAAUUACAAAACAACUCACAGAAAAAAAACAUUUGAACUUUAUACCCAUUAUGAUCUAUAGAUGGUUAAGAAUAUUCCCAGUGUACGGCACACUUAUUGUCACAUAUAUUUUCGUACUUCCAUAUCUGAACAGUGGUCCUAUAUGGAGAAUGAUCGUUUACAGAGAAUCGGAAAGAUGUCAAACCAAUUGGUGGACAAACGUACUUUUUAUUAACAAUUACGUCCACACGGAUGAAUUAUGUAUCAUCCCCUCGUGGUAUUUGGCUUGUGACAUGCACUUUUUCAUAAUCGGCACACUACUGACCUAUGCUAUUUGGAAGUGGAGAAAACAAGGGUUGAUAAUACUUGGAGCGUGUUUAACCUUAUCAACAGUAAUCCCUGCUUAUAUAAUAAUCAAUGAGAAACAUCGAGGAACGGCUGAUAUUACUCCCCAAAAUCUUAAAGAUCUCAGCAAAGAAAGAUUUUAUACUGAAGUGUAUAUUAAAAGCCAUAUGAGAUCAAUGACUUAUUUCAUUGGAAUCUUAGCAGGAUACUUGUACAUGAGAUUGAAGGAAGCUGACUACAAGUUAUCAUUGAAAAGUCGUAUUUUCUGGGUUCCAGUUGUUCUUAUAAUUGGAAAUAUUAUAUAUUUGAGUUCUGGAACAUUCUUUACAUUAAAACACAAAUAUGUAAAUUACGAACACGCAAUAUACUUUACGAUCGGGCGACUCGUGUGGUCUAUUCUUAUAUCUUACGGCAUAAUAGGUCAUGGACUCUCCGGAUUUGGGGUUUGUAUCAGUGGAUUUUUGGGUCAUAGAAUUUUCCACGUUCUUGGAAAAUUAGUUUUCUGUGUCUAUAUGUACCAAGAAAUCAUUCAACUUCAAACGAUCGGAGCCAUCGAGACACCAACAUAUCAAAGCUUAACAUUAAUAUUUUGGAGAUUUUGUGGUGACACCACAGUGGCCUUCAUGUAUGCAUUUGCAAUUAAUGUUAUGAUCGAAUCGCCAUUUGAUAGAUUCCAGAAGAACGUAAUGAAAUUAUUUGUUGGAGAUACGUUUUCAAAACCAAAACCACGACUAUCAAUUAAUAGAAACAAUCUUGAAAACUUCGAGAUACAAGCAUAAUUUAAAUUUAUUUGUUAUCUUAUAUUGGUAAAUUAUUCCUCAGAUGAAAAUAUCAUGUACUUUGUACAUUUUUUUUUUUUUUGUAGUAUAUUAAAAUGUAAUUAUUAUAUAUUUAAUAAAAUUG